AUGCGUUCCGUCACCAUCGUUGUGUCGCCGUUACUAAGUCUCAUGAUAAACCAAGUGGCGGCCUUGCGCGCGUCAGGCAUCGACGCGAGCUCUCUCAACAGCAACACGUCGUAUGCUGAAAGGAACCGAAUCCAUCGUGACCUCGAGACGGGGCACCCAAGGACUCGUCUCUUGUACGUGACGCCUGAGCUGUGCUCCGGCUCUCGGUUCCGCGAGCGCCUCAAGCUGGUCCACACCCAGAAAGAACUUGCUAGAAUCGCUAUUGACGAGGCUCACUGUAUUUCGGAAUGGGGCCAUGACUUCCGCAAAGACUUUAAGCGGCUGUCGUGGUUCAGAGAGACCUUCCCUGAUGUUCCCAUUAUGUGCCUUACGGCGACCGCAAACCCACAGGUCCGCCAGGAUGUGCUAAGCACGCUGCGCCUGGACGCAACGCCUGAGCGCACAAAGACAUUUCUCAUGAGCCCACAGCGCGGCAACCUCCAUCUAGAGAUACGGUACACCAGGGAUGAGGACGACAAUAGGCUAUCGGAUUUCCUGCGUUGGAUACGCGGCGUGUAUGAGCGGCGGCGAGCUGAAGCCCGGCGGGCAGAGCUGACGCAGGUGGGUGAGAGGGCGGAAAGCGUGCCCGGCAUCAUCUACACGAUAUCCCGAGACGAGUGCGAGUCACUGUCGGCCGCACUGCGCGACGAAGGGGUCGGGGCACGUCCAUUUCAUGCAAAACUGCCGCAGGAAGUCAAACAGGAGACGCUUGCCCGCUGGAUCAACAACGAGCCUGGUUACGAUAUCAUCGUGGCUACGACGGCGUUCGGCAUGGGCAUCGACAAGAACAACGUACGGUUCGUUGUGCACUGGCGCAUACCAAAGUCGUUUGAGGGAUAUUACCAGGAGGCCGGCAGGGCAGGGCGAGAUGGCAACGCCAGCUACUGCUUCCUAUACUACAGCCGCGAGGACCUGGAGCGGGUGACGCGCAUGAUCCGCGGCGAUUCCAAGGACGGGUCGAACCAGGAGGCGCGGCUGCGAAGCCUCCACUCGCUGGCGCUGUAUUGUGAGAACACAGACUCAUGUCGGCACGCGGCGAUCUGCAAGUACUUUGGCGAAGCGGCAGUGCCCGAGUGUGACUUUGCGUGCGACUGGCACAAGGAUCCAGACGACCUCGAGAUGAGAUUCCUGCGGGGCCUGGCAACGGAGGAGUGGGUGAGCACGCAGGCCAUGCAGGGCACGUACGACGGGUACUAUGAGGAAUGA